GCCCAUACGGCUCGGAAGCCAGCACGCGCGGUCCAAUUAAUUUUCACCCCAGCUUUUUGCGACAGACGGGCCCACGGGAGUCGGAGCGAGAGCCCUCACCAGCUUAACGUUGACAGCGCCAUUCGAUCACGACAAUACCAGCGCUGUAGGAGAGGAAGUCUAUGAGAGUGAAAAGUCAACCCGGGAUUGCUUGCUAGGGAUCACAGAAUUGCCCAUGAUGCCGUUACGGCUCCCUUGCUCUGCGCGAAGCAGCAUAGGGCGAGCUCUCCCCCGAACGACGACGAGCUCUACAAGAAUACCAACCCUCGUUGCCCAAAACACAUCGAGAGUUGCGUCAAGGCAGUAUGCAACGGCACGGCCGCCAGUGCCUCUCGCCGGCCUAAGGUUACCAGACGACUAUAUCCCUCCGACCCAACCUCCAACUGCUCGGCGGCCCGAGCUGAGAAAGGCUCAGCUUCUUCGCUCAUAUACGGCAAUGCUGCGAUCAACCCCAGUGAUGCUGUUCUUCCAACACAACAAUCUUACUGCCGUAGAAUGGGCCGCUGUACGACGAGAGCUGCGUGCCGCUCUAGCAGCCGUUCCCCCUCCCGUUGCUGCACUCGAUGGCACAGUCCCUGCCGACAUCACAGAUAGCAUUAAGCUGCAGGUGUUGCGCACGCGCAUGUUUAGCGUUGCUUGCAAGCUUGUCGACUACUUCAAACCCGAGGAGCAAGCUGACAAGUCGAACGCAUACACACAUGAUCUGUCCAAGACAGCCUACGAGGCGAUCAAAGGCGCUACCAUUGACGAGUCAUCCACGUAUGGACAGAUCAGCCCCCUUAUCAUAGGCCCUGUUGCUGCCGUCACUUUUCCUUCAGUUUCACCGGCACACUUGGCAGCGGUACUCAAAAUUCUCGCGCCGUCUCCUCCCGCAUUUCCUGCCCCGACGCGGAAAAAGAAUCCUGGAUACUACGAUCCGAUUGCCCAGAGUGGGUUCCAUAAGUUAAUGCUUGUUGGAGGCAGGAUAGAAAACAAGGUUUUCGAUAACGAUGGAGUCAAGUGGGUUGGUGGCGUUGAGGGUGGCAUCGACGGACUGCGGGCGCAGCUCGUUCACUUAUUACAGACUGCUGGUCUUGGUCUUACGACCGCUUUGGAGGGUCACAGCAAAGGAUUGUGGCUAGCCCUUGAGGGAAGAAGGACACAACUAGAGGAAGAGUCUAACGGCGGUAAGAAAGAAGGUGACGUAGCAAACGAGGCCAGCGCCUAAAAGGUGUGUACUAUUUGUCUGUAUAUUUUAUGCUAGAACAAUGUAUAAUCGUAUAACUACCUAGAAUAAGCAAUGUAUAUGGGUCCCAAGGCAGUAACUUCAUGACAUA